ACUGCACAGCUUGUCAGUGAAGAAGAAAGCUGGUUUACACGUGUUUACCGACACCAGAAAGAUAGGUUUUGAAUAAUUGUUUCAAAUUUAAGUUUUUUGGAUCUGGAUUGAAAUAAAACCAAACAAAAAUGCCGAAGGUCAAGGCGGAGAAGAAAAGCAGGCAGCACCAAGAGGUCAAAAACCAAGGGAUCAUGUUCAACACCGGCAUUGGCCAGCACAUCCUGAAGAAUCCAUUGAUUGUCAAUGGGAUCAUUGAGAAGGCUGCUCUGAGGCCGACAGAUGUGGUUCUGGAGGUGGGACCUGGUACUGGUAACAUGACAGUGAAAUUGUUGGAAAAAGCCAAGAAGGUGGUGGCCUGUGAGUUGGACUGCAGAUUAGUGGCUGAACUUCAGAAAAGAGUGCAGUGCACACCCAUGCAGACCAAACUUCAAAUAUUAGUUGGAGAUGUUCUAAAAACAGAUUUGCCAUUCUUUGACGUCUGUGUGGCUAAUUUACCUUACCAGAUUUCGUCACCGUUUGUCUUCAAGCUCCUGCUGCAUCGACCUUUCUUCAGGUGUGCCGUGUUGAUGUUCCAGAGAGAGUUUGCCAUGCGACUGGUUGCCAGCCCUGGAGACAAGCUGUACUGCAGACUGUCCAUCAACACACAACUACUGGCUCGCGUAGACCAUCUCAUGAAGGUAGGGAAGAAUAAUUUCCGUCCUCCUCCAAAAGUGGAGUCAAGUGUUGUCAGGAUAGAACCGAAAAAUCCUCCUCCUCCAGUUAACUUCCAGGAGUGGGAUGGCCUUGUCAGAAUAGCCUUCGUAAGGAAAAACAAAACCCUCAGUGCAGCUUUCAAGUCCACUGCGGUAGAACAGCUGCUGGAAAAGAACUAUAGAAUUCACUGCUCUGUACACAAUGUGGAAGUCCCAGCAGACUUCAGUAUCAGCAAGAAGAUUGAGAGCGUUUUGCAGGAGGCAGAUUUUUGUGAGAAGAGAGCCAGGUCCAUGGACAUUGAUGACUUCAUGGUGCUGCUUCAUGCAUUCAACUCUGCAGGGAUCCACUUUUCUUGAACCGUAGAGGGAACUGAAGGGAACAAGUCUAUGAAUCGUACGUUCUGCCUUUAUGAUGAGAGGGGAAAGAAAUAGAUUGUCUGAUUGAUAUUUCCUCCUCUGGAGCUUUUCUUGGAGGAACUGAAUUUCAAAUGUUGCAGUAGUUGGAUGAAAUAUAUACAAAGAACAUUGGAGAAUACAUUUGAAGAGCUCAUAUUGAGUGUGCUAUUUUACCCUUUUGAGAAUAGCUAAUGUGUAUGGACAACUUUCAGCAGAGGGAAGCUGUAAUAAGCCCUCUUCGUUGUUUAAGGAACUGUCAGUGUGUGUGAGAGUUAAGUCAUUGAAAAUAAUCUGUAAUGGAUGAUUAUUCUAAUCUAAAAGCAAUCUACAGUUUGUUUAAACUAUGCCAUAAUUACCUAACUGUGGGAAAGGUAAAUAUUUAACAAGUGUACAUGGCACUAGUGGUUGCAGUCUGCUAAAAUAAAUUCAGAUUUUCCACAAGUUCUUUCUCUGUCAACGCUGUUCUUCACACUGACUGCAACCAUCGAUUAUAUCCUCAUUGAUUGAUUCCAGAGCCCGAAGUGAUUUAUCCAAAUAGCUUGUUUUAUCCAACCAAUGUACCAAAACCAAAAGAUAUUGAAUUUAAAAUGAUAUGAGAAAGAGGGAAAGUAACAAAUAUCACAUUCUUUGGAGGCAGUGAUCAGAUCUUGCCUCAGUACAUUACUGGUGCUUUGAGAAGUCGUUACUGUCUUGUUGUCUGCUUUAAGUGUGACAUCAUUGUUCUCGUCACAGUGCAAAACUACUAUUUAGGUGUUGAAUGUCUUCAUCAAAAGUGUUCGUAUGCUUUCGUGUCCCCCUCAACAUGGAUGGUAGAGAUGAAUGUCAUCAGCGUUUAUUCCCUACUAUGGUCCAUAGACUGUAUAUAAGAACCGAUGGUCACAGUCAGUAAAGACAUCUCUGGCUGAUUGUAUUUUAUUUUCAAAGUCUGUACCGGAAAGUGUUAAAUGCUAUUGUAUCACGCUUUGAAGCGUUGGUGGUUGUCAUGAGAGCGUUUUAAGUUUACACUGCCCCCUGUGGUCAUACCUUGUAACUACACUUCUGUGUUUUAUUUUAAAUCUCCACCAACAAACACACUGAUACUUGACCUUAGUGCAUAUGCAUGAAUUAUAUUGCAAAAUGCGAGACAGCAAGCCAAAAAUAAAUGUUAACUUGCCACUGUCAGGAGAGCAACGUUACACCUUACUGUUAAUGUCCUCUAGUGGUAACAAUGCAGAGCAUCGUACAUACAUCGUUAUUUUUCCUUUCAUUUUAACAUUUCAUUUCAAAAGUCUUUACUGUAAAAUGGUAAUAUGUUAAAUCUUGACUCUUGGUACACCAGUGGACACAAUGUGUAACUACACUGUCUAAAGUGAUGGGUUUUUCUGAAUGUUUUUUCCACCUACUGCAAUACUACAUUAUUGUUUUUCUGAUCAUCAUUUGUGUGUUUGUAUUCGUAAAUUAAACUGGUCAUUCUCCACCAGCAGCAA